AUGGCAUGUGAAGGUUUAUUUGACCUGACUGGAAAAUUAUAUGGUCUUAAGUUGUCUCAUCUUGUUGAAGUUGUCAUCCAGCUUUUGCUGCUUCAGGCAAAACCAAAUAGGAAGCUGACAUUCCUGUACUUGGCCAAUGAUGUCAUACAGAACAGCAAAAGGAAAGGACCAGAAUUUACAAAAGAUUUUGCUCCGGUAAUAGUGGAGGCUUUUAAGCACGUUUCAAGUGAGUCUGAUGAGAGUUGUAAGAAACACCUUGGCCGAGUGCUCUCUAUCUGGGAAGAAAGGUCGGUUUAUGAGAAUGAUGUGUUAGAACAACUUAGGCAAGCUUUGUAUGGAGACAGAAAGGUGAGGAAGCGCACAUAUGAACAGAUAAAAGUUGAUGAAAAUAACUGUUCACCUCGAAGUUCUCCCACUGACCCUCCUCAGACCACAGAUCUCAUUAGAGCAUUACAAGAACUAGAAAACGCUGCCUCUGGGGAUGCAGCAGUUCAUCAGAGAAUAGCUUCUUUGCCUAUAGAGGUCCAAGAUGUGUCCCUGUUAGACAGAAUAACAGAUAAGGAGUCUGGAGAGCAACUUUCCAAAAUGGUAGAUGAUGCAUGUAUGUUGCUGGCGGAUUACAAUGGCAGGUUGGCAGCUGAAAUAGAUGAUAGAAAACAGCUAACUCGAAUGUUGUCAGACUUUCUCCGAUGUCAAAAAGAAUUCCUUGCAGAGAAGGAACAUAAGCUGGAAGAGUACAAACGCAAGCUAGCCAGAGUGUCCCAGGUACGCAAAGAACUCAGGUCUCGCAUCCAGAACCUGCCUGAUCUCUCUCGACUUCCCAACGUCACAGGCAGCCACGUACACCUACCGUUUGCAGGAGAUAUCUACAGCGAUGAUUGA